CGGCGAUUCCAUCUCGACACACGACCCAACCUUCAUCCCGAUCACCAACGGUCCUUUGCAAACGAGCGUAAUCGCACGCGCGUGAGAAAAAAAAAGAGAGGGAAGACAAGAGAAGGAGAGACAGAGACAAGAACCUCCCCCGCGUUCUUUCUUUCGUUCUCCGAUCGACCGCGAAGUUCGCGCGAACCGGUGAGAGCCGAUCCGCGAGACAAGGAGCAAGACAAGCCGAGAAGAGAUCGUCUCGCUGUGCCCGACGUCGAUUCGACUGGCAAGAGUUCCACGUUCCACGGAGGAGAGAAAAAUACAUAUCACAAUGAUAAAAUUCACUGUGGUAACGAUGGUAUGCCUCUUGGGGCUGAAAAUGAUCGCUGCCAUGCCAGUGGCCGAUCAUCAAGAGGGCCACCCUCCGCAGCCAGUGGCCGAUCAUCACGAGGGCCACGUUCCACAGCCAAUUGAUGAGAAGACCGCGGUGAAAUCUUUGAAGGCGGCGGAGGCGGCUGUGCAGAGCAGCGUACCCGCGGAACCUGUAGCAGCUAGCCAACCAGCGGCUGAGCAACCCGCUGCGGUUAACGAACCUGCCGUAAGGAGCAGCGAAUCUGCUAGCGACGAAGCCCAGCCGGCCGAGACGAAGCAGGACGAGCCAUUGCAACCGCAGCAGCCAACAGCAGUGGUAUCCGAGGAAGCUCAGGCGCAGCCCAAGUCCUCCGAGGAACAGCUCGAGGAGAAGGAAGAGCCGAAAGUGUUGGCCACCGAGAAGAAACAAGAGCCAGAGACCCUCAAAGAAGCGGCAUCCGAGACGAAAGAGUCUGUGCAGAUCGCGCCGCAGGAACAACCAGUUGAAAUCCCAGUUGAAAAAAAAGAGGAAAACGUAGCCGUCGAAGGUAAAAGCGCGGAGGCAGUCGAACCUGCGGCCGAGAAGCCUGUAGCCAUCGAGAAGCGCGCUGAUGGCGCUGCCGAAAAGAAGAUCGCUGUUAACGAAGAGCCGAAAGAGGAGAAGAAGCUGGAGGAGCCAGUGCAGCCAGCUGCGAAAAAGGAAGAGGAAAUUCCUGCGGUUGCCGCCACCGAGGAAAAGAAAGUUGAAUCGAAAGCCGAACUACCAAAGGAAUCUGAAGGUCACUCGCUCGCCCACGCCAAGAUCGAUGACAAGCCCGACCGUGUGACUCGCGAUGCCGAGGAAUCCGUUGCGCCCGCCGCCGUCGCUGCAGCAGCUCCCGCCGCAGCUGCAGCUCCUGUCGCUCAGGAACCUGUUCAGCUGCAGGAGAAAUCCGCGCCUGUCGCCGAGGUCGAGCAAAACGCAGCGCAAGCAGCCGCGCCGGUAGAGGAACCGAAACCAGCUGAGAAGAGCGAGAAGACUGAAAAGAGCGAGCAGCUGGAGACAGCACCCGCCGAGCAGCCGGCUGUCAAAGUCGAGGAACCGGCUAAAAGCGAGGAGAAGGUAGCUGAGGUAGCUGCUGAGAAGGAGGCCGAGAAGGAACCGAAGAGCGCCGAUUCUCCUGUCCAGCAAGUGGAAGCGGCCAAGGAACAACAGCCCGCACAGCCUCAAGAGUCCAGCCAGAUCAAGCGAGAUGCGGCGGAAGCGCCGGAGCAGCCUCAGGCCAAGUCGGACCUUCCGGCCGCUGAGGAGCAGCAGCAGCUGGCCCAACAACAGCAACCACAACAGCAACAGCAGGAAAUCGCUAAAGAGGUGAAGGAACGCUCCAACGAUUCCUCCGAAGAGAAGUCCUCCGAAGACAGCAAGGAGGACACCAAGAGCAGUGAGGAGGAAAAGUCUUCCGAGGAGCAGAAUAACGCCAAACCGAAGCUGGGGGAAUUGCUCCCGAAACCCGAGCAGUAAAUCUUGGCACGGGGAGGGUUUGAUUGAUGAGUAACCUCAGCAGCGCGGCAGCAACAGCAGCAGCAGCAUCAUCUCGAGGAGAAGAAGAAGGAAGUAAACUGCUCCUCGGGACGAGCUCAGGCAUCGACGUCUCUAGCCACCGGGACGUGGGCACGAGUUCGUCGCGAGAAAACUGGAGCAGAAGUGAGAAAGAAAGAUGUAUGUGUGUGUGUGUGUGUGUGUGUGUGUGUGGAUGUGUGUGCAUACGUGUGUAUGUUGUGAAAGAGCGAGAAUGCGAAUGCCAGAGUAAGAAGCACUCUC